AUGUCUUUCCAGAAGCCUGAGAAGGAUUUCGGCGAGGGCCCUAAGGUCCACAAGAUCCGUAUCACCCUCACCUCUCGCAAGGUCGCUUCCCUCGAGAAGGUGUGCUCGGAGCUGAUCGACCGUGCUCGCUCCAAGUCCCUCCAGGUCAAGGGUCCCGUCCGUCUUCCCACCAAGACCCUUCACAUCUCCACCCGUAAGACCCCCAACGGUGAGGGUUCCAAGACCUGGGACAAGUACGAGAUGCGCAUCCACAAGCGUCUCAUCGACCUCCUCGCCCCCACCGAGACCGUCAAGCAGAUCAUCAUCAACAUCGAGGCUGGUGUUGAGGUUGAGGUCACCAUUGCUGCUUAAACAAAUCCCUACCUCUUCCUUCACUGGAUACGGUUUGGGUUCGUGACAGGGGUGGCGCGGACGAUGAGGUUAUGUUUUGUGGUGCUGCUGCGGCCGUGCUAGGCAUUCGUCGAUACCCGCCAGUUCCUGGCUUGAAAAUGAAAAAGUUCAAAAAGCAGUAAACUAUUUUUCUUAUCGGAAUGAAUGAUUGUAUGGAUUGUAGUGUAGUGUAGUGUAUUGGUAUCAAAACUAGCAGUGACUUAACUGCUUCCGUUGUUCCGUGUGAGAAUUUC